AUGGAUAACGAAUCUUUGAAGCAGUUGAGUAGAUAUCAUCCAAAGCAUCCAGAUCCAAAGACAAAAGUUGAAUUUUUUGGUUUCAUCAAAGACAAAAGCUAUCAAGAUCUAGAUCCAGUUAAUCAUCAGAACUGGAGGAAUGAGGAAGAGAUGAAAGAAGCUGGUUAUGCUGAUGAAUUGAAAAUUCUUGAAAAGUUCAAAGAUUCUAGGAAUGAAUGGUUUAUGAAAGAGGUUAAAAAGAAGAAAGCUAGAAAAUCAACUCCAAAAGCUCAAACUGAGGAGGGUUCUUCAUCACAACCAAAGAAACGUCGAAAGAAAACAGUUGAGAUUUUGCUUGUCGAUGAACCAGAUGAAGAAGAACCAGAAGCAGAAGCUGAAGCUGAAGAUGAAGCUGGAGCUGAAACUGAAGUUAAUGUGGGAAUUGAUGUUCGUUUAUCCCCUAAUUCUGAAAAGUUGUUGAAAGAUCUUAAUGCUUUUAAUGCUGGAAAAGAAAAGGAAGCUGGUGAGAAAGAAGGUGAAGAUGGUGAUAAAAGCUCUUCAAGUUCGUCUGAUGAAGAAAUUGACGAGACAGAGCGUGCAAAGAGAAUUCAAGUUGAGAUUGCUAAAGAAAAGCAGCUUAAAAGAAAGAGAAGACAGGAGAAGGAUGAUGAUUUGUAUGUUCCGUCUCCUGAGCAUGUGAUCGAGUCUCAGACACCACCAUCUGGUGGUAGAAAGAAAGCAAGUGCUAGAAAGAGUAUUACAUCUCCAAGAGCAGCGAGACAAAAGUUGACUCUUAGGCUGCCAAAACGUACACCAAAAACAAAGCACCCUACACCACCACCUGAACAAUCACCACCAAAAUCACCACAUCCAUCACCACCUAAAUCACCACAUCAAUCACCACCAAGACAACCAUCUCCUAUCCAAUCACCAUUACAUCAAUCACCACCACAUUUUACCCCACCACAUCAAACAACAUUCCAAGAACAACCUAUUCUUACUUCACAACAAAUCUUCCAAACACCACCAACUUCACAACCACAUGUUCAAUCCACACCUGGUUCUUCUGGUUACAAAAUGUUUCCAAAUAUUCCACCAGAAGGUAUUUCUCUUGAAGAAAUUCGUGAUUUCAACUUUGCAAGUGAUGUUCAAGUAAAGAAUGUGGAAAAGAAGGUUGAUGCAGUUUUGGUUGUGAAUAAGAGAUUGGCAGAUCGUGAGAAGAUACUUGAGAUGCGUGUUAAGAAGGUUGAAUCUGAGAACAAGUCUUUGUUAAAGAAAAUUGAAGCAGAUCAGACCGAAAUUGAUAUUCUGAAAGUUAAAGUAGCAGAGUUAGAGGAAGAGAAAGCAUGUAGAGACGAACAGAAUAAGUAUUUUGAGUUAAAGAACAAAGAGCUUGAAGCUGCCAAAGCAAUGAAAGAACAUGAGUUGUAUAUGAUGAAUAAAGUGCUUGAAAAUAUGCUCGGAAAGUCUAUAUAA